UCCCACGUCCUCCCAAACCUAUUUGCAGCAUUCCGGUCGUGACGUUCCACCAAGACCUCAGCCUGGCCGGCACAAGCGUCCCAGCCAAGGGGGAGGAGGACUUCCUCACGCUGGCCGCCUCUCGGCUGAGUCGCAAGAAGCGCGUGAUCGGAGCUGGAGUCGGCGUGGCCAUGGUCCUGGUCCUGCUGGUGGCCAUCCCCCUAUUGGUCCACACCACCAAGGGGGGCGGGUCCGGGGGUGUGGGCACGCACUACGAGAUGCUCGGGAGCUGCAAGAUGGUGUGCGACACUUUCACCCCCCCUCAAGGGGAGCUGGCAGGCGCCUCCCCGCAGCCCCCGGACUUGGCAAACCGCAGGGGCAAACCGGGUUUCAGAGGAACCGCGGGACUCCCUGGUCCCCCGGGUCCUAAGGGCUCCCCUGGAGAGCCGGGGAAGCCCGGUCCGCCUGGUCCGCCCGGGCCUGGACCCGGUGGCUACGGCCCGUCCUUGUACACGCCCAAGAUCGCCUUCUACGCCGGCCUGCGGAAGCAACACGAAGGCAGCGAGGUCCUGAAGUUCGACGACGUGGUGACCAAUGUGGGGAACUACUACGAGCCCAGUACGGGCAAGUUCACCUGCCCUCUGCCUGGCAUCUACUACUUCACCUACCACGUACUCAUGAGAGGAGGGGAUGGCACCAGCAUGUGGGCUGACCUCAAGAAGAACGGGCAGGUGAGGGCCAGUGCCAUCGCCCAAGAUGCGGACCAGAAUUACGACUACGCCUCCAACAGUGUCAUCCUGCACCUGGACGUGGGGGACGAGGUGUGCGUGCAACUGGACGGGGGCAAAGUUCACGGCGGGAAUACCAACAAAUACAGCACCUUCUCCGGCUUCCUCAUCUACCCCGACUGACGUCUGCACUUUAUCUCCUGUCGCAUCUAACGGGCCAUGAUUCCAUUAUGUCAGUGAAGAGAAUUUCUAUCAAAUCAAAAAUAUGCUUAUAUUAUUAUAUCCAGUAAUGUGCGGUGAGGUCAAGGGUUGGUGGGGCACUGACUCCUUUUGGUUUUUGUUUGUAUUAUUACAUAAAAUGAUUGCGCUGUAAUCAAUUUUAAUACAGGUUGCUCAUU